AUAGACCUGGCUGUUCAUUUUCACAUUACAGGUGAAAGAAGUGUGUAGAGAGAGAGAGAGAGAGAGAGAGAAUGUCGAUACUGUGGGAGAAGAGCGAGACAUGGAGAUGGAUGGUGAGGAAGAGCAGGGACUCAAAGCCAUUCUUCUUGGCUUUUGCCACCGUAUGCGGUGUUAUUCCGGGUAUCAUAGGCUACGCCGUCAUGCAGGCCACCAACUCUCGCAAUGAGCAGCUCGAGGCCCAACUCCGUCGCAAAGCUCGUCCCGAUACCCUCAUGAUGGGACAGACGAAUCGUGAAAGGCUUGCGGAGUUUCUUGGGGAGUUAGAAAGGAAAGAGGAUACAAAUGAUCGUUAUGUUGCUGCUCUGAGAGGAGAGACACUCACUAGAAAACCAUAUGUGAGAAUCCAGCCAAUUCCCAAAGAUAUUGACAACAACACCAACACCAACACCCAAACCAACAAGGUGGAAACUAAGCAACUGCCUAAGAAGUAAGUAUGACACUCAUCACUUUAUUGUGAGAACGUAGACAGUUUACAGACCACAAACCACUGCCAUUUGGAUGUUAUAAUAUAUUUCAAUAUUGGUGUGAAUACUAUAUGUACUUUGGCUAUUGUUGUUUUGACUAUGAUCAUCAAGCCAAGUAUUUUCCAACUAUUUUGUGGGCUUCGUUUGUUUUUCUAUGUUGGGUAUGAAGUUUUAUGUUUAGUCACCAUAAGCUGAGUCAGGCCAAGUACUGUAUACAAAUACUGGUUUUGGACUUAUGCAACUAUUUUGUAGGUUGUAUUCAUUUUCUGUAUUGGAUAUGAAUUUCCUUAUCUUGUUUGUUCCCCAAAA